UCCUUUUCCCCUCACAUUUUUAUAAAAACAAAUAAAAUUGCAGUUUUCUUAAAGGACUAUAUAUUUUAUAACUCUAUUUAUAACAUGUCUAAAUUUAACUUUUCCAUAACUUUUGAUAAAUUAUCCAUGAUUUCUACAAUUUUGUCGAAUUUGUUGAUACAAUUGACCUUCUCUAUUUUUUUUGUUUCUCAUAUAUAUUUGACUAGGUUGUAUUGUGUAUAAAACGAGCGCCGCACCUGUGUAAAAACGGUUUCACAUGGAGUGAGGACUAAAUUUGCCCGGUAUCAAUAGUUUGGUGACCAAAUAAAUGGUGGAUGUAAUAGGCUACCCACAAUGCUGCUUUUAUUUUUUCCAUGUUUUACCAUAAAAUCUUCUUGGUAAAACCCUACUCAACCAUCUCUAGUGAUAAAUAGCACGUUGAGACUGUCCUGAGAUGUAUCUAAGGAUGCUUCUACAGCGAGUUGUUCACUAUGUACUCCAAUUGCGUGAACAUCGCUCCACUCUUCUUCCUCUUUUACCUAGACACUUCUCUUCCCUUCUUCCUCACGCCAACUCCUCCUUUUGUCACUUUUCCACCGACCCCGUUUCCUCAUACUUUGACCAACACCUAUGAUGAGGCUAGGAGUCAGACCCCAUACAGCCAUGCCAUCUAAGCCGUGGCGAGAGGGCGUAAUUCCUCCUCCCGAUUCCUCUUCAUCUCUUUUACGGCAACAUACGACCAGAUUGGACGCGCGGGAACGUGCUCUCCCUAAGACUGAAGAGCGAACGUUCAUUCACUAGAUUCUCCCAAAAAAAACUGGAGGAGUGGUGAAAAGAAGCCGGUGAGUGGGAAAGGACAAGCUUACCAAGCCCUACUCCUCUCUCUCUCUCUCUCUCUCUCUCUCUCAUAAGUGCCACCAUGUCCCUGUCCCAUUGUCGCUUUCCUCUCUCUAAAUAAGGGGGACAAAGGCAGUAGUCCUUGCAGAGAGACGGAUGGAGGGAGUGCCGUAAUGUCCUGACCGCUGUUCUGUGGUGCAAUAAGCUGCCCACAGUUGGCGCCAACAGUGUCCUGAGCUCAAAAUAAAUGCAGGUCGCUUAUUUCGUCCUACACAUCCGACCGGCCCACCUCACCCUCACCAUACAAAGACUAGACUCAUAGCCAUCAGAUCGCGUAUCUCCUCAUGUGGUUAGUCCAUGAAAAGAUUGCCUUGCACCUCAGCAGCGUAUCCAUCUCCCUGCCAAAUUGUGCUCCAUUGUCACCUAUAGCUACCUGGAUAUAGCUCAUGAAUGAGAGAUGCAGGGCAGUGUGAGUGUGUGUGUACAGCUCCUGCAAGCUGGCUGCAUGUGUGUGUGUGGCUAAGCUAGGAGUAGCAAAGACUAGGCUGGUAAUAGUAUAAACAAGAAAAGAUACAGCAGAGAGCACAAGACCACUAUGGAUAUGGAGGAGCAGGCCAACGCCGCCGCCACUGCUGCGCGAGAAGGCGACCUCGCCGACGUCGUGGCCCGUGCCAACGCAAUGGCCUACUCCACCGGAGCCCGUCGCCAAGCGCCACCACCUCCCCCUUCUGCGGCAACUCGCGUCAUGAUCCCCUACGAGGAGGAGAGACAACGGCGGCCUGCGAACGUCGCCUGCGGCGGCGGCGAGGUUACCUUUGAGGCCCCGCCGUCAACCGUUGUGGUCGACCCGUACCUUCUGGCGGCGGCUGGUGGAUAUGGGCUGCCACAGCAGCACCAGCACCAGCACCAGCAACUGCUCGCUUUCCAGAUCUCUGAGCAUGCGUGCUGCGCCGCCGCCGACAGCGACGACCCCAUGAGGAUCUCGCCACCACCACCACAACCGGCUCCUCAUCAUCAGAUGAUCACCAGUUAUUGCGGCAUGGCUUGCACGCAUAUACCAUACUGCAGAAAGAACGAUGUGAGGAAGGUGGUCUGCAUCCCGGCGCCACCGGUGAUGAGCAACCGGGCAGGAGGGGGAGGGGAGGUGAUUCCAUCUGAUCUAUGGGCAUGGAGAAAGUAUGGCCAGAAACCCAUCAAGGGCUCUCCUUAUCCAAGGUACUAUUGUUUUCAUGAUCCAGUUGUAGUUUAUAAUUAACACCUGAUGUCUUAGUUUGGUGCUGUAUCCGAAUAAGUACAUGCCUCACAUUAAUUACUCUCGUUUGGUUUUUUCAGUAGGUUGUUCCAAUUAGGUCGACUGGUCGUAUAAAUUUGAACGAGCUUACUGUUUUGCUGUCAACUCAAAUUUCGCUAAGUUUUCCACAUUUGAUUGACAUGGAAAUUUAUGAUUUGACCAAAGGAAAAACAGCGACAUCUCAGCAUCUUCCUUGUGGAUUGGACGGAAAACACAAUAUUAAAACUGGUGUUUGUUGCGUUUACUCAUCGUUAGUGUUUGUUGCAGCGUUUCAAUGUUAGGAAAGGGAUGUUAAGGAACAUGUGGAUGAUUUGGGUCGGUGGGAUACAUGGAUGGACCUACUAUGAUAUGGUGAACAAGGUAAAAGCUGAGGCGGAGAGUAGCACGCAAUGCUACACCCUCUGC